AUGUCAGUUGUAGAUAUGUCAGUGAAGUUAGCUUGUUUAAACCCUAGGGUUUCUUUUGGGGUGGAUGCUGAUGGUUCGAGAGGGGGAUUGUUUAUUUUGUCAUGGUGUAGUGCUGUAGUUAGUUGUGUUGCUUCUACCCAGAACUAUGUACUCUGUAAAAUUUCAGAAAGUAAUGGAUGUAGUAGACAUGUUCUCUUUGUUUAUGGGGACCCUGUUCUAGAACGUAGGAAAGUAGUAUGGGAUAGAAUUUCUAGUCUUUUAGAGGGUUUAGUUGAUUAUCUAGUUAUUGGAGAUUUUAAUCAGCUGGAUAGUAUGAGUGAUAAGUAUGGGGGUUCGAACUUUAUUAGAGGAAUCGAUGACUUUACGGAUUUUAGGUUAGGGGUGGGUUUGCAUGAGAUAGAAUUUGUGGGACCAAGAUAUACGUGGGUAAAUAAAAGGAUUAAUGGUGAUUUGAUUAUGGAGAGAUUGGAUAGGGCUUAUGCUUCUUUGGAUUGGAUGGAUAGAUUUCCUGAGGGUAAGAUUUAUAAUGAACCUAUCUUAUGUUCUGAUCAUGCGGCAAUAAUGUAUGAGUCUGAGCCAAAGGGUGUGGUUUCGAAUAGGCCAUACCAACUUGAAAAAUGGUCGCUUAAUUUUAAAGAGGUGGAGAACUUGAUUUUGUCAUCAUGGAAUGAGAGAUAUCAGGGAUCGAGUAUGUUUACUUUGGCUUGUAGACAGAGGAAUGUCAGAACUAGGUUGCAAAAGUGGUGUUUGGAAAAUAAGAAAUUUUGGGGCAUAAACUGGAGAAUGGUCACUAAAUCAAUUGAAAAAGCCACGGAGGAGUUAAUGCGUACAAACCAAGGGAACUUAUAUAUAGAUCAGUUGAGUGAAUGGGACUCUAAGUGCAGAAUUGGGUUUGAUUACUGGAGGCAAAGAGUUAAAGAAAACUGGGUGAAAGAAGGUGAGUUAGCUAGCUCUUUAAUGUUCAGAAGAGUUAAAGUUAGGAAAGUAAGAAAUGAAAUUGUUUCAAUUAAAAAUGAUGAGGAUGAAUGGGUGGAAGGGCAGGAAGGGGUUUCAAAGGUGGUACUUGAUUCGCUAUUGAAGGUCUAUGUUCCACAAGACAAUCCAAAUCAAGGAGAGGAUAUUGACUUGAUCUUAAGGCAAUUACAUUGUCCAAAGAUUUCAAGGCUUGAAUCUGGUCGAAUGGAUGCUCCAAUAACGGACGAAGAGAUUAGAAAGGCUAUGUUUGAUAUUGGUAAAGAUAAGUCUCCAGGGCCAGAUGGGAUGAUUGCCGAGUUUUUUCAAAAAUAUUGGGACAAAAUAGGGGAAAAGGUAAUUGAGGGAGUGAGGGAGUUUUUUAGGAAAGGACAUAUCCUAAAAGAAUGGAAUCAAGCUUUGUUGGUCAUGAUCCCGAAGGUGGCAUCACCUGAGGCUGCAAUGCACUUUAGGCCGAUUGGGUUAUGCAACACAAUUUAUAAGUGUGUGUCUAAGUGUAUGGUAAAGAGAUUGAAAGAGGUUUUACCUUCAUUAAUUUCGGAUUUUCAGCACGCCUUUAUCCCAGGGCGAUAUAUUGAAGAUAAUAUCCUUCUAAGUCAUGAGAUGCUGAAUACGAUUAACACAAAUAAGAGGAAGGAUUUGGCGGUAAUAAAGCUUGAUAUGUCAAAAGCAUACGAUAGAGUGAACUGGCUAUUCGUGUUAAAAUUUUUGAAAGGAUAUGGGUUUUCAGACCGAUGGGUGGGUUUGGUCUCAGAAUGUAUAACCACUGUUUCUUAUAAAGCUUUAAUUAAUGGGAGAACGACAAGGGGUUUCAAACCAAAGUGUGGUCUGCGUCAAGGUGAUCCCCUUUCUCCCUAUCUAUUCUUGUUCUGUAUGGAUAUCUUUUCCCGAAUGUUAACCUUGGGGGAAAGUAUCGGACUAUUCAAAGGAAUCAAGGUUAGUCGACGUGCUCCUUCGAUCAAUCAUUUGUUUUUUGCCGAUGAUGCCAUGUUAUUCUUUAAAGCGGAUGAGGAGUCAUGUGUAAACCUAAAGAAGAUCAUUGAGGACUUUGGGAGAAUAUCGGGACAGCAGCUAAAUUAUAAGAAAACACACGUUAAAUUCUCGCCCCAUAUGAAAGAGGAGUCAAGAGCAAGAUAUAAGGCUAUCUUGUUGAUAGGAGAGGUUGAAAAGUUGGGAAAUCACUUAGGAGCUCCAAUUGAUCUAGGAAGGAAGAAGGCGGAAGAAUUUCAAUUGCUGAUCGAUAAAAUUCAAAACAAAAUUCUAGUUUGGUCUUCGUUACACCUGUCGCAACCAAUGAAGGUUAUCUUGAUACAAUCGGUUCUGAUGAGUGUUGUUUCCCAUGUUAUGAGAUGUUUGAAAAUCCCUGCUGCAGUGACAAAUAAAAUUGAUGCUCUUGUGACUCGUUUUUUUUGGGCAGGGAAGGGUGAAAAGGGUUUGCAUUGGGUUAGUCGAGGGAUUAUACAAAAGCCAAGGGAAGAUGGGGGGUUGGGAAUUAGGGCAGCAGCAAUGUUAAAUGAUGCAAUGUUGUUUAAACAGGUUCAAAGAUUGGUAAAUAAUCCACAACUUUUGAUCACAAGGGUUAUCUCUAGCUUUGAUGGUAGGGGAAACAACGUACUUGGGGGUGAUGAAGGGAAGGGGAGGGGUGCCUCGUGGGGAAGAAGGGGAUUGUAUAUAGCCCAAGGUAAAUUUAGUAGGGGUUUGGUGUGGAAAGUAGGAAAUGGAGAUAAGGUUCUAGCUUCGAGCAUGGCUUGGGUGGGAGGUCAGGUUCCUGAGGUACGUUCUAACCAAUUAUUAGGACCGUCAGCAAAAUGGAGAGUGAGUGAGUUCAUAGAGAGAGGGUCGUCUACGUGGAAACCUGAUUUGGUUCGAAGUAGGUUUGUUUGGAAGGACGCUUGUUCGAUCUUGGCAAUGGAAAUACCGAAAGGGGAAGUGGAGGACUUUAAAUACUGGAAGUAUAGUAGGUCAGGAAGAUUUACAAUAAGUUCAGGCUACCAGUUUCUUUAUAAGGAAAGUGCAGAGGAUACACGGAUUUUAAAUGAUAAUGAACUAAAGGCGAUACGAAUAGUGUGGAAGAUGAACAUCCUUCCUAAAUGGAAAUAUUUUAUGUGGAAGAUCUUCUAUAAUGGUCUGGCUGUGAAAGUUAAUUUGGUAAGAAGAGGGAUGGAUUGUGAUUUGGAAUGUAGUUAUUGUGGUUGUCAGGAAGAAGACUUACAACAUGUGUUGAGGUUUUGUUCAGUUGCUUAUUUGAGCUGGGUGAAUUGCUCACUUCAAAUAGAUCCUACAGAAAAUGAAUCGUGUUCAUUGAAGGAAUGGGUACGAAGAUAUAUCCUGCUUUAUCAUAGCGAGGAUGGGUGGAAUGGAGAGCGAAUUCAGAGAUUCAUUGCGUUGCUAUGGAGUUUGUGGAAAAUGAGGAAUGCAAGAAUCUUUAGAGGGGAGGGAGGUCAUCCGGGUGCGGUUUUAGCAGUAUGGGAUACUCAACUUAAGGAGGUAGAUACCUUCAAAAGACGGAACAAAGAAGAUUCGAGUGAAGGAGCAAGAGAGCCGCCAGGGUUCAAUAUGGUGCACAUUGGCCAAGCUAAAGAUUUUUGUAAUGCUUUUGUUUUACAGGUUGAUGGGUCGUGGGAUAAGAAGACUGGAAGGGCAGGUUGGGGAGUAGCGGUCUCCACUGAGUCACAAUCAGAGUCGGCAGAGAAGGCAGGGCAACAUGGUAUGGCAGUCUCUUCAGACCAUGCAGAGGCGAAAGCAUGUCUUUUAGGUCUAAAUUGGGCCUCACAAAGGCAAAUAAAUCGAUUGCGAAUAAAUACUGACUCAGCUGCUUUAGUUUCUAAUCUCCGAUUGGGAAGGGUAGUAGAUAUAACCAUAAUGGGCAUUGUUGAGGAAAUAAGGAACUUAGGGUCAACUUUCCAGCAAUGCACCAUACUCAAGGUUCCAAGGAGAAAUGUGACUAUAGCACAUAAUGUGGCUACUAGGUGUAGGAAGUUGGGUCUCUCUUUUGUUUAA